GUGAUUGAACAGCGCCUCCGGGGGAGGAGCAGCCUUUGUCCGGAUACGUGGUGGAAGUUGAGGCGGUCCUCCUUCUCUGCUGGGAUCAUCUCAGCCAACCCAAACUCCAAAAAAGAUGGCACCCUCCACUUCUUCUGGCCUCCUCACCUCCUUUCUGGUGGUGUUCCUCCUCUCGGCGGCGGACUCCCAGUACGAGAAGUACAGCUUCAGGAGUUUCCCGAGACACGAGCUGAUGCCCCUGGAGUCCGCCUACAAGUACGCGCUGGACCAGUACACCGGGGAGAAGUGGCAGGACACGGUGGAGUACAUGGAGGUGGCGCUGCGCCUCUACCGGCUGCUGCGGGACAGCGAGGCCUUCUGCAACCUCAACUGCAGCUCCGUCCGGCUGGAGGACGAGCAGAGGUUCGCCGAGUUCCCGGAGCUGCGGGCCUUCGGGAACGUGAUGAAGAGGGCUCAGUGUCUGAAGCGCUGCAAGCAGGGGCUGCCCGCCUUCAGACAGAGCCUGCCCAGCAGGGACACCAUGGACGAGUUCGACCGGAGGGAGCCCUACAGGUACCUGCAGUACGCCUACUUCAAGUCCAACAACGUGGCCAAGGCGGUGUCUGCUGCUCACACCUUCCUGCUGAAACAUCCAGAUGAUGAGAUGAUGCAGAAGAACAUGGCCUACUACAAGAGUCUGCCUGGAGCAGAAGAACACCUCAAGGACCUGGAGACCAAAUCCUACGAGACCUUGUUUGUGCGUGCAGUGAGGGCGUAUAAUGGCGACAACUUCCGUACCUCGGUGUCCGACAUGGAGCUGGCUCUGAGGGACUACUUCAAGGUCUACGACGAGUGCCUGGCUGCCUCCGAGGGCCCGAGGAGCGUCAGCGACUUUAAAGACUUCUACCCCUCUAUAGCUGAUCACUACAUAGAAGUCCUCGACAGAAAGGUGCGAUGUGAAAGUGACCUGACGCCUGAAGUCGGGGGGUUUGUUGUAGAGAAGUUUGUGGCCACCAUGUACCACUACCUGCAGUUCGCCUAUUACAAAUUGAACGACCUGAAGAACGCAGUGCCGUGUGCAGCGAGCUACAUGCUGUUUGACCCCAGCGAUGAAGUCAUGAAGAACAACGUCGCCUAUUACAAAUAUCACAAAACGCAGUGGGGCUUGACAGAAGAGGACUUCUUCCCCAGAUCAGAGGCAGUGCGGUACCACAAUCAGACCACCUUGCAGCUACAGAUGUUGGAGUUCUCUAAUCAACGCCUUGUGAGCGAUGAUGAGGGGGAGGUGGUGGAGUUUAUAGAUGAGUUCCUGGACGGCGAUAAUUAAGAAGACACUGAAACACAAAGUACAAAAAUGCUCCAAAGUUAUUUAUUAGGAUUUUUAAAAGACUUAAAAAAUUUUUUACCUGCAGCUUUCGAUCAUGAAUUGUUUCUAAUUUGCCAUUUCGUGUAGUUUGGUGGUCUGAACUGACAACACGACCGCCCAGUCACUUAAAGACAAUAAUCAGGACAGAUGUGUGCUUUCUCACUGGUUUGUCAACACAUUCCUCCACUGUGAAUCGUUAAUGUCGAGACAUUUUUACAAUAAAACGGUUUAAGAAAAAUCUAAUCCUUGAUGG